AUGACGGACACAACCCAUGAGAGACACAACCCAUGUCAGACACAACCCAUGACAGACACAACCCAUGACAGACACAACCCAUGGCAGACACCACCCAUGUCAGACACAACCCAUGGCAGUCACAACCACUGGCAGACACAACCCAUGUCAGCCACAACCCAUGUCAGCCACAACCCAUGUCAGACGCAACCCAUGACAGACGCAACCCAUGUCAGACACCACCCAUUAGAGACACCACCCAUGUCAAACACAACCCAUGUCAGACACCACCCAUGUCAGACACCACCCAUGACAGACACAACCCAUGUCAGACACAACCCAUGUCAGACACAACCCAUGUCAAACACCACCAAUGUGAGAUACAACCCAUGGCAGACACAACCAUUGGCAUACACAACCCAUGUCAGACGCAACCAACACAACCCAUGUCAGACAAAACCCAUGACGGACACAACCCAUGACGAACACAACCCAUGUCAGACACAACCCAUGUCAGACACAACCCAUUACAGCCACAACCCAUGA